AGGAAUAUGUAUCUUCAGAUGGAUAAAUAGAUGUUGAGACUAGCAAUAUCCCUAGUAUUAUCUCCUCCAAAUUGAAAAGAAAAGGAAGGGCUAAUCAUGCCUUCAUAUGUGGGCUCAACAACAUAGGAAUGUUAUUCCUUCAAACAAAAUUGAGUUGAACAUAUAUCAAGAAGAAGAUAUUUACAAGCCUAGUGAUGAAGACUAUGACAAGUUUGAUGCUUUGAAUUGGUGGAAAGCCAACACUCUAAAAUUUCGCUAUCUAUCAAAGAUGGCUCGAGACAUACUAUCCAUUCCUAUUACUACUGUUGCUUCAGAGGCUGCAUUUAGUGCUGGAGGUAGAGUGCUUGAUCAAUAUCGUAGCUCUUUGAAGCCUGAGACUAUACAAGCUUUGAUUUGUACUGGAGAUUGGUUGCGUCAAGAGCUUGGAUUGCAGCAGUCAUCAAAUGUUGAUGGAGAGUUUAUGCAAGGGAACACAGAGACUGGUCUAAACUAGACUACUUGAGAACUUGAGAUUUAUUAUGUUUAUUGUGUGUCUUGAACUCUUUUGUAGAACUUGAUUUGUAUGGGAUGUUUUUUAGUUUGUUGAGGAUGACCGAUAUUUUAUCAUGUACUCAUGUUAGAUCUCCACCUUUAAUGGGGAAAGUGUUAUGGAUCUAUUUCCAACAUUACUAUGGCACAUGCAAUCUUCAAAAUGGUCAAUGUAUUUUCUUCAUUUGGUA